AUGGCUUGCCCUCGAGAAAUGCAUGCUACGGCUGCUAAUGGUCCGAGUGCCGGAUGGAGUGAAAAAGCUGGUGGUGAUGGUCAUUUAUUUGCGAGCGAUGGGUCAAAUACCGAUGAGGAUGAGGAUGAUGGGGACGGUGGGGGGAGUAGCGAUGGUGCCAGUGGUGGUGGUUCUGGCAAGGAGAGUGACAAGGAGGGUGUGGGCAAGGAGGAGAGGAGGGUGGCUCAUCUUAACGGUGCGCCUGGUAGGGGGGUUCCCGGCCAUGACGGCUCGUAUGCACAGGGAAGAGGAUGGAUGGGAAAUGACAUGGAUAACCCUAUGGUGCGUGGCAUGGGUGCAUACAAUGCGAGGAGGCAGGACGUGCAUUGGAACGGCAUGGGCUGGCAUGUGGUGGAGGAGGAUGCGAUUGAGGGAGAGGCGGCCCCACCUCACCUCAAUGCAGAUGCGGGCGCAGCAAGCUAUGCGAGUCAUAGAGGUUGCCCAUCGCAAUUCGAGUGA